CAGACCUCACUUCCGCUUGUGCAGCAGCCAUUUUGUCUUUCCGUUGAUCCUGCUGCCCGAGCUUCUUCCUCCCACCCGUCGCCGCGGACCGCGAAACUCCAGUUCCACCCCCUGGGGCCUGACUCCGUCUAGACCCGACGGCUUAAAGCUUCUCCCCUGCUUUUUUCCCCUUUGACCUUUUCCUACCACUCUCGCCCCCCACCCUGUUUUUCCCAUUCCCUCGCCCAGGUUCGUCUUCUUUCUAACACCUGUGACAGGAGACGCUUUACCUCCCUUCCACCUUCUCCGCAAGAGAGUUCUCAGGCGCCUUCAGCCCUGAGGGACCCCAAGUACUAACCUCCCCCGCUCAGCACCACCCUAGAAGUAGCGGAAGACCCUCGUCGGAGCUCCCUCCCUCCGUCUCUUAAACGGCUGCGCUGUCCUCCCUCCCUCCCGGGCUUAGGGAGGGGGGAGACAGAGAAGCGAGGAGUAAAACGGAGUGAGUGAGGGACGGGGAGAAAUCCCUUGCCUGCCCGCCGACCCUCUCCUGCCUCUGCCUGGCCAUGUCGAGCGAGGAGAGCUACUUGGCUAUCCUGCGCUACCUGACCAACGAGCGCGAGCCUUACGCGCCGGGCACCGAAGGCAACGCCAAGCGCAAGAUCCGCAAGGCGGCCGCCUGCUACGUGGUGCGCGGGGGCACCCUCUACUACCAGCGCCGGCAGCGGGACCAGCAGCGCUUCGCCGAGCUCGAGGUGGUGCUGCAAGCCGAGCGCCGCGCCCGCCUCAUUCGAGCCGCCCAUCUGGAGCCCGACGGCUCCCACCGGACCCGCCUGCAGACAUGGCAGCGCCUCUCCAAGCGCUACUGGUGGCGAGGUAUUCUAAAGCAGGUUAAAGAUUACAUUAAGGAAUGUAGCAAAUGCCAGGAAAAAUUAGAUCGUUCCAGAUCCUUGUCUGAUCCUUCUGAAAUGCUGGAAGAGCUAGGAUUAGACACAAUAUCUCAUGAAGAUAGUAAUGAAACAGAUGAUGAAUUAAGUAACUCAGCAUCACUCCCUGCAGCUUCACCAAAACCUGUGAAAAAGAAACCAAUCGCCAAACACGAGCUUGUUUUUGUUGAUAGUAAAGGUCUUGUGAAACAGUCUUCUCCAAAGCAUUCUCUGUCAGUUUUAAAUCAACUGAAUCAGCAGCGGCUUUCCAAUCAGUUCUGUGAUGUCACUUUGCUUAUUGAAGGAGAAGUAUACAAAGCACACAAAUCUAUUUUGGCAGCUAACAGUGAGUACUUCAGAGAACUUUUCAUCGAAAAGGGAGCUGUUUCCAGUCAUGAAGCUGUGGUGGAUCUUUCAGGAUUUCGUAAGGCCAGUUUCCUUCCUUUGCUAGAAUUUGCUUAUACCUCAGAGUUGACAUUUGAUUUUUGUAAUAUGGCAGCAGUAGCCGAGCUGGCUCAACAUCUCCUCAUGACAGAAGUCCUGGAAAUAUGUGAAAAUGUGCACAAGCAAAUGGAGGAUAAACAAAUCACAGUGUACCAAAAAGGAGAUGUUCAGAUUGUUGAGGUAGCUCAGAAUCUUUUAGAGCAGAAUGAAAGUGAGGUAGCUCAGAAUCGUUCAGAGCAAAAAGAAAGUGAAGUGAACCUAGUGGACAGCACUGAGCAGCCUUUACCUACAGAAGAUGUAGUAGCAACUGUGAAUGGAACAUGUUCGAGCAUGGAUGUAGAAGAGAUGACUACCCCAGAGGCUGCACUGCAAACUGCUUCAGAGUCUCUUGUGGACAAUCCUCUAGAGUCUCUAGUGCAUUCUACUAAUAUAGAAACAACUGAAAAUGAAGAAAAAAACCAAAUAGUGGAAUGUACCACAAAUCAAACUAUUUCUGUGGUGCAGUCAGAGCCUCCAGCAGCAGAGCAAGUAGUUAUCAGCACUCAGGCAGAAGCUGAUUCUGAUCAGAACGUUAUCAGUGAAAAAAAUGUGAGCAGUGAAGCAAAUGCAGAUGCUGUCACUGAGGAUUCUCAGGAAGGACUUAAGCGAAAACGUGGUAGGCCAUGUAAAACACAAAGCAUUUCACAGUCACAGUCGGAGACUUCAGUUUCCAGUCAAGAUGAUACGUACAAAAGCAAGCUUCGUCAACGUUCUGUUAGUGAGGGCGGCUACAUCAAAUUGCACAAGGGUGUUGAAAAAAAACUACAAAAUAGAAAGCCAGCACCCAAAUCAGCUAUCCAGCAGGUUGCCAUGAAACUAGUGCAAAGAGGCAAGAAGAUGAAGCAGCCCAAGAGAGAAACUACAGAAGGCAAUGAGAGUGAAACGCAACAUAAAUGCAAUGACUGUGGAAUGGUUUUUCAGAGGCGUUAUGCUCUUAUAAUGCACACACUGAAGCAUGAAAGGACAAAACAUUUUAAAUGCCCACUGUGCAAAAAAGAAUUUCAGUAUGGUGCCUCACUGCGAGCUCACCUUGUUCGUCAUACUCGAAAAAAUGAAGUUACUGUUGCAACAGCUAGUAUAGAAGACAGUGGUGCAGCUGUGAAGGGCAGAACUAAACGAGAGUUUAUCUGUGAUAUAUGUGGAAGAAGUUUACCUAAACUCUACUCUCUGAGAAUCCAUAUGUUGAAACAUACAGGUGUAAAGCCACAUGCAUGUAAGAUUUGUGGGAAGUCAUUUACCUACAAACAUGGUUUAAAGAUGCACCUUGCUCUCCAUGAGGCACAGAAGCAGUUUAAAUGUGAAUUGUGUGAUAAAUCCUUUGUCACAAAAAGAAGUCUUCAGGAGCAUAUAAGUAUUCACACAGGAGAAUCAAAAUACUUUUGUUCACACUGUGGAAAGUCUUUCCAUAGAGCUUCAGGACUUAGUAAACACAUAAAGAAACACCAGCCCAAACCUGAAAUUCGUGGAUAUCAAUGUACUCAAUGCGAGAAAAGUUUCUAUGAGCCUCGAGAUCUCCGACAGCAUAUGAACAAGCAUCUUGGGGUAAAACCAUUCCAGUGCCAAUCUUGUGGAAAGUGCUAUAGCUGGAAGAAAGACUGGUAUUCUCAUGUGAAGUCCCAUUCUGUUACUGAUCCUUACAGAUGCAAUGUGUGUGGCAAAGAAUUCUAUGAGAAAGCUUUGUACAGAAGGCAUGUCAAGAAGGCCACUCAUGGGAAGAAAGGGAGAGCAAAGCAAAAUUUGGAACGUAUUUGUGAACACUGUGGGAGAAAAUUCACUCAGCUUCGGGAGUACAGAAGACACAUGAACAACCAUGAAGGUGUUAAGCCCUUCGAAUGUCUGACUUGUGGAGUGGCCUGGGCUGAUGCACGUUCUUUAAAGCGCCAUGUAAGGUCGCAUACUGGAGAGAGGCCUUAUGUUUGUCCAGUAUGCAAUGAAGCCUACAUAGAUGCCCGUACCUUAAGGAAGCAUAUGACCAAGUUUCACCGGGAUUAUGUCCCUUGUAAAAUUAUGCUGGAAAAGGACACACUUCAGUUUCAUAAUCAGGGGACACAAGUGGAACAUGCCAUCAGUAUUUUAACAUCUGAUGUGCCGGAACAAGAAACAGAGGUUUGUAGUGAAGAGAUUGAGACAGUAGUAGUGACUGAAGAAACACUUGAAGCUGUUGCAGCUACUGAAGAGUGUACAACAGUUUCGACACUUUCUGACCAAAGUAUCAUGCAGGUUGUCAAUUAUGUAUUGGCACAACAACAAGGACAGAAAAUGGCUGAGGUCACAGAAGCUAUUCAAACUGUUGAAGUAGAGGUAGAACAUGUUUCUGAUCAGGACUGAAUACAAACGUUCAUAAAUGAGGAAGGUGACCUAGGUGAAGCAGCAUGCAAUUAUCAAAGUAUUAACUGUCCUGACCGGUUGGAUUUUUACAGUAAUACAGUAGUUCCAGAAUGCUGUUCGGAGUUUCUUGAAUAUAUAAUACCAACUUCUGUAAUUUAAAAUAAAAAGUGAAGACUUUCAGUAUAAGCCACAGACUUGUACUAAGACUA